UACAUGCUGUUGGUAGGUGUCGGUGGCGCUGUUGGGCGGCGCUUGUUGUAGAAAAAAAGCUAUAUCGCUGACUUUUCGUGUGAUAAGCCCUCGUGUGAUAACAAAAGAAUGUGUUGAACGACGCUUGGAAAAAGGUGCCGGUUUCUUCGAAAUUAUGUAUACGGUGACUAGAAAUUAUGUAUGAAGAUAACAUGAAGUCAACAAUGCAUCUUUCGAGUUCAUGUCGCAGGCUGUUUACUUAGCGCACGCAUGGCGGCGAUCGGCUCUGCCACACUGACGGCACCACUGAUCUGCAGCCACGAAGCGGCGACACCCGCGUCGGUGGCACUGCCGGUUUAUGAUGACGAAGUGGGUCUCGGUGGGCUGCCGGACCGAGGACCCGACGACCGGCCGGAGAGGGAACUCUGCCCAGGUGACUCCGCUCGCCUCUCGCACCUCGACCGACUGGCGAUCGGCCGGCUGCAGGAGGUGGCGGCGUCCCGCCCCGCGCCGGCCUCCACGUCCGGGUCGCCGUACACCGGCCGGCUGCGACACGCGUACUGUACGGACCCGGCCGGACGUGAGUGCCGGGAUCUCGGUUCGGACCUGCACUCGGAGGAUCCGGCCCUGCCGCACGGAAGCGUGGGAGGCGUCGGCAAGUCGGAGUGGUACCCCUACGCCUGCUACUACUGCGAGUGCAGGUUCAAAUUCGUGAGCGCUCGCAGCAUGCACAUUGUGGACGUGCACACGAACUUGAUCAUCUCUUCCGGGCCGAACGAGGCAGAGCCCGAGAAUCGGCCAGGUGACGCAUUCGGUGGUGAAGACUCCGACCGCAGCCCCGCCAUCAACUUCGACACCCCGAAGGAAGUACUGGCACACCGAGAAGCGGGUCACCCCUGGCCAGAGCCCCCGGCGGAAGAGUUGUCACCGUCUCGCGCCGGGGCCCACGGGGCGUUGCAAUCGGAGAGGGAGCCGCAGUUCCCACAGGUGCCGGCGUCUGGCACGGAAAAGGGGUCCGGGUCCGCCUUCUGCCUGCUACAGGUGCAAAUGGAUACUCCCUCAUCUCCGAAGCGAGAGAUCGAGGCCAUAUAUGUCAACGAAGAAAGUCCGUUUCUGCAGGAGUGCGAGUUGCCUGACGGCCCCGGUAGUGCCCGGGAUCCCCUGAGCUUCGACGAAGAGAUGGAAGCAAAAGGAAGUGAUCUCGGCACAUCGACAAGGCGCGAUGGUGAACGCUCGUCUCCACUGGCUGUGGAGACCUGCUUAUGCUUUGGUGCCGCAGCCUGGCAGCACUCGGAAGUCGAGGAGAAAAGGGGUGGAAGUGAUUGAAUAACUGAAGAAUGGUUGAGACAACUGUUACCAGAUCUGUAAUGUCAAAGCAUCACACAUACAUGUUACGAUCUAUUGUGAUCUACAAGUCGUGAAUGGUAUGCAUCAUCCGAAGUUGUAAAAGUAAUUCUACAGUAGAAUUGGUGCUGUUGUAAUACAGAAUAAUUAUUAAAAACCUGAUUACGUCAUUUCAGUAGCUUAAGUAGGCCAGAGCUCUUUUUCAGGGCCCGCCUCAAUUGCAAAAGGAGAUGUCACAAGGCACGGUUUAGUAAUGCUAUGAAAGAAGUCCACUAAAGCAAUUAACUUCAAGAAAGGUGACCUAAAAGUAUUUUGAAAGUGAAGUUGACACACAUGCAACCGGGUGACAAAUCAUAAAUGUGGUGCAACCCAAUAACAGCUACACUCCAAAUGUAAACAUGAAAAAGUUUUAUUUGUAAUUUUUUUUAAUUUAAGCCGUCUUU